UGUCGGCUUGAAUUGUGUUAUUAGUGUACAUGUUAUUGCUAGUAUAUGACCUAUAUUUGACAGUUUAUGAAAAUGUCAUAUAAAACUAUGUAUUGAUUAUAAAUAUACUAAUAUUUGCAUUAGUAUUGUCAAACCAAGGAUGUAAUCGUACUUAAUUUAUGAAACAUAUUAAUAUAGUAAAUGGAACACUAUAAGCUUAGUUUUUUUAUAUGAUCUCCAAAAUUUUGAUGAAUUUGUAUGUGAGUGAUUACAGUUCAUUCCUCAAAAAGUGUUUUGCGGUGUUGACGCGUAUGCAACGCUAAUGUUUGGUCCCUCAAAUUAAAUAAGUUUAUAGGUUAACUUAGGAAAAUAUUUAAAUCAAUUACUAUGCUGCCCCAACAAUACUGUUUGCGAUGGAAGUACCAUCACAACAAUCUGCAAACCAUGUUCAGCCAAUUGCUGGAGAGAGGGUGCUUUUGUGAUGUUACUUUGGCUUGUGAAGGACGAACAUUGAAAGCACACCGAGUGGUCUUGAGUGCCUGUAGCACUUUCUUUGAUAGCAUACUAACCAGCUAUGGAGAGAAAGAUCCUAUUUUGAUCAUGAAGGAUGUCAAGUUCGAUGAUGUCAAAUGCCUUGUAGAUUUCAUGUAUAAGGGAGAAAUCAAUGUUGACCAUUGUAAUUUGGCAUCUUUACUUAAAACUGCUGAAGAUUUACAUAUAAAAGGCUUAGCUGAAGUAUCUUGGCGUGAUGAGGCAUCAUCAUCUCAGUAUGAAGCCAAACCUGAAAGAAAAAUGAAGCACAAUAUGUCUCAUGUCGCAAAUGCUUCUUCCAUAGUCAGUGCUGAACUUAGUGAAAGUCAAGAUAGUUCCCCUGCUUUGAAACGCAAACGGGGUAGACCUCCAAUUGAUGAAGAAUAUUCUGAUCUGCCCAAAAUUACAUCAGUUAGUGGGGCAUAUGAUGAUUCUAAGUUUGAGGGCAGAAAUUUGGUGACUGUGAUGAUGCAUGACACUGAAGAGGCGAUGGAACCUGAUGGGACGCAGUGGAUGGAUGGAAAUGCACAUGAUAAACAUGGAUAUACUGAGGAUUUAAUUAAGGUGUUCAAAGAGAGUGAUACACCUAAUGAUACUUUUGAGGAUGACGAAUACAUGGAACCCACUGUCGAUACAGAUCCUUUAGAUACUUCUUCCAGUGUACCCAAUUAUCUUAACAGAAUUAUAAAACACGAAGAAGUGGACUGUAGUAAAAAUAAUGAUUCUCUAUUAGAUAGCGAAUGGAGUGAUGUAGUGAAAAUGAAUGACUACCUGACAAGAGGUAGAAGACCACAAUUUUGGGAAGAACCUUUUACUAAACGGGUAAUGGACGCUAUAAAGAAUAAAGACUUAGAAAUGAAAAAAGCUGCUGAAAUUCUUGGUGUUUCUUAUGGUACCCUUUAUGGAAGAUAUAGAGAUACAUAUGGUUGUCUAAAGCAUCCUUAUAGAGUACGAGACAUGUGGAGUGAACAAGGCCCAGCUGAGAUACUAGGAAUGCUGCAACGAAAAAUUAUAUCAUUGCCGCAUGCAGCUGAAAUGUUGAAUGUACCACCUAUUAGUAUUACAUCUUAUUUAGAUACCGUGAAAGACUGGGUUCAAGAUCCAGACAAUCAUGUUGACUCUUGGGAUAAUUCCGUUAGCAAUGCUGAAUCGAGUGAAAAUUUGGAUAAAGCAAUCCCAAUGCCUGCCUUAUUUUCUUUGGCAGAUAAAAAAUCUUCUGCCACAGAAGAUCUUGAUAAGUCUGAUCGCGAAGUUAAACUGAGCAAAAACAUUACCAUUCGAACUAGUUCUCCCAAGAACUUUACAGAAAGUAGUGAGGUAAGAUCAUCAGCAACACUAUUAGAUAAUCAUCCUGACAUAACAAUAAUUAAUUUAAAACGGGAGAAGAUUAAAACAGAAAAGCUCAAUAAUAACUCCAAUCUAGAUGGUCAUAUCAUAAGUGACAUCUAGUAGUUCCUAAUGGUUAUUGCAUAAGCGUUAUAUAUUAGGCAAUAAAUAAUACUCACAACAACCAACGAACAAUUUGUAUGCGAACGUAUGAUUUAUGGUAGCAUUGUUUGAGCUUUUGUACUAGGAACGAGUUGUAUCAGAAUAUGGUACGAGAAAUUUUUACAUAUAAAUUAUUGUAGAAAUUUUUUAAUAUU